CGCGCACAGUUCACCCUGCAUUGUGAACUCGUGUCCUUCGCCAUUUUCCUCUUGUCACCAACUCUCCUUUGGCCAUGGCUGACAAUGCCUUCCUCUCUUCCUCUUUUUCCUCCCAUUCCAGUUGGACCUACGACGUCUUCUUAAGUUUCAGAGGCGAAGACACGCGCAAGAACUUCACCGACCACCUCUACUUCGCUCUCAGAGAUGCCGGAGUCAACACCUUUAGAGAUGACAACGAGCUCCGAAGAGGAGAAGAUCUCGCAUCCGAACUCUUGUCAGCAAUCCAAGGGUCCAAAAUCUCUGUCAUUGUCUUCUCUAGGAACUACGCGGAGUCCAGGUGGUGCCUGGAGGAACUUGUGAAGAUCAUAGAAUGCCGAAGAACAGAGAGGCAACUGGUGCUGCCAAUCUUCUACGAUGUUGAACCAUCGGAUGUGCGCCACCAAACGGGUAGUUUUGCGCAAGCAUUUUUGAAACAUGAAGAGCGUUCCUUGUUAGACAUGGACAAGGUGAUUAGGUGGAGGAGAGCUCUGUUUGAGGCUGCUAAUUUGUCCGGAUGGGAUCUAAGAAACACUGCAGACGGGCAUGAAGCCAAGUUUAUUAGGAAAAUUGUUGAAGCGGUUUCAAGGGAACUCAACAACACAUACUUAUAUGUCACACUCUACCCAGUUGGAGUAGAUUCUCGUGUGCAAGACAUCACCUCAUUGUUAAGGGUUGGAGCCAAUGAUGUCCGCAUGGUAGGAAUUUGGGGAAUGGGCGGAAUUGGAAAAACAACCAUUUCUAAAGCCAUAUAUAACAAAUUUUUUCAUAGUUUUGAAGGUAAGAGUUUUCUUCCAAAUAUUAGGGAAACUUCUAAGCAACCCAAUGGUCUGGUUCGAUUACAAAAGCAACUUCUUUCUGAUAUCUUGAAGAUGGACAAGACAAAGGUGAACAGUGUUGAUACAGGAAUUGCUACAAUACAAGAAAGACUUCGUCAUAGAAGGGUACUUGUUAUACUGGAUGAUGUAGACCAGUUGGAGCAACUCAAUGCCAUAGCUAGAAGUCGUGAUUGGUUCGGCUCAGGAAGUAGAAUUAUUAUAACAACUAGAGAUGAGCAAUUGCUAAAGAUGCUUGAAGUAGAUGCAGUAUAUACAACAAAAGAAAUGAGUGAAAUUGAAUCUCUAGAGCUCUUUAGUUGGCAUGCCUUUCGGAAAAGUUCUCCAACUGAAGAUUAUUUGGACUUGUCAAGAAGCAUCGUUGCUUAUUCUAGAGGAUUACCACUAGCUCUUGAAGUUCUGGGUUCUUUUCUAUUCUCUAGGAGCAUUCAGGAAUGGGAAAGCACAUUGGAGAAAUUGAAAAGGAUUCCUCAUGAUCAAAUUCAAAAAAAGCUUAGAAUAAGCUUUGAUUCACUAAGUGAUAGCACUCUGAAGGAUAUAUUCCUUGAUAUAUCCUGUUUCUUUAUCGGAAUGGACAAAAACUAUGUUAUACAAAUAUUGAAUGCAUGUGGUUUUUUUGCAAAGAUUGGAAUUAGUAUCCUCAUUCAGCGGUGUCUUCUUUCAGUUGGUAAUAGAAACAAGCUCAUAAUGCAUGAUUUGCUUCGAGAUAUGGGAAGAGAAAUUGUUCGUGAAAAAUCCCCCAAAAUACCGGGAAAGUGUAGUAGAUUAUGGUUGCAUAAAGAUGCACUUGAUCUAUUGGCAAAGCAUGAGGGAACAGAAGCAGUUGAAGGACUUACUUUAAAAUUUCCGAAACUAAGUAAGGUUAAUUUCAGUACAAUAGCAUUUAUAAAGAUGCAGAGAUUGAGAUUACUCCAACUUGAUCAUGUACACCUCACUGGAGAUUAUGAACAUCUUUCCAAAGAGUUAAGGUGGCUCCGUUGGCACGGAUUCCCUUUAAAGUUUAUGCCAAACGACUUUUACUCAAUAAACCUAGUUGCAAUUGACUUGCGAUAUAGCAAUCUCACACAAGUUUGGAAAAAUUCUGAGCAGCUGUUCGAGGAGUUGAAAUUCCUAAAUCUUAGUCAUUCCCAUUACCUGACUCGGACUCCUAACUUUGCAAGACUCCCUAAUCUUGAGAAACUAAUACUCAAAAAUUGUACGAGUUUGCUUGAGAUUCACCAGUCUAUUAGAGAUCUUAAUAAUCUCAUUUUGGUAAAUUUGAAAGAUUGCAGAAGUCUUGAAAGUUUGCCAAGGAGUUUCUAUAAGUUGAAGUCUCUUCAAACUCUCAUUCUUUCUGGUUGUUCUAAAUUUGACAAUUUAGCUGAUGAGUUGGGGGAGAUGGAAUCUUUGACAACUUUUCUUGCAGAUAACACUGCUAUAAGACAAGUGCCACAUACCAUAGUACAACUGAAGAAACUCAAAUGUUUGCAUUUGUGUGGGUGUCAAGGUUCGCCAUCUAAGUCACUCCCCUCACUCCUUUGGUCUUGGAUAUCUCCUACUCCUAGGAAAAGUCCGAAGUCAGUCAAUCUAUUGCCUGCUUCACUACAAGGCUUGAAUGCACUAAGAGAAUUAUCUCUCAGAGAUUGCAAUUUAUCAGAUGAUGCAAUUCCUAAAGAUCUUGGGAGUUUAUGUUCCCUUGAAUAUUUAGAUCUACAAAACAAUCAUUUUCGUAGCCUACCAUCGAGCCUUGGUGGUCUUUCGAAGCUUCAAACUCUCAUUUUGGAUAAGUGCACAAAGCUUCAAUCUAUUCCGGAUUUACCACCAAAUUUGAGUCAGAUGUGGGCAUCGUACUGCAUGGCAUUGGAAAGAAUGCCAAAUAUAUCAAAUAUCUCAAAUUUGGAUGUUCUAUUCCUCAAUAAUUGCAAUAAAUUAGUCGAGAUUCCAGGGUUGGAUAAGUUAUUGAAGUCCAUUUUGGAGAUUCGAAUGACAGGGUGCAGCAGUUUAACAAAUACUUUUAAACAAAGUAUCCUACAGGUUCUCUCUCUCUCUCUCUCUCUCAAAAUACGUAUUUUUUUCAAAGUACUGCUUAUAUACAUCAUGCUUUUGAUGGUACAGGAAUGGACUACGACUGAAUUUGGUAAGGUGUUAGAAAUUUGUCUACCUGGCAAUGAUAUUCCUGAUUGGUUUCCGUAUAAGGAUGAGGGACCCUCCGUAUCUUUUGAAGUGCCUCGCAUUAUUCGUGGGUUCAUAGUAUGCUUUGUUUAUUCAUUAUGUCCUGACAAGAUGGUAGAUCUUGAUACCGAUUAUGUCAAUCUAUACACUACAGUAAUCAAUUAUACCAAUACGACUGAGGGUAGAAAACCAGAAACACGUUCACUACAUAUCACCCAUGACGUCGAAGAUCACAUUUGGCAAGGCAAUUUUUCUAAACGUUGGUUCGAUAUGGAGGCCGGUGACCAAGUAAAGGUUAUCGUAGAUUGUGGGCCAGGAGUCAAUGUUAAGAAAACAGGGGUUUUCCUACUAGACGAGAAGAUUGUUGAUGGAAAUAUGAUUCAUGAUGCCUCUACAUCGAAUAAGGAUGCCAUUGUUGUUAGUAACGAUGGAGAUGCAUUUAUGGAUCAGAAUGCAAUCGGGUCUAAAAGAGGCCUUGGUGAUGAUAAAUCAGAAUCAAGUCAUGGUUGCUUUGACGACGAUCGAGAGGCUAAAAGAUUGAGGUGUGAUCAUGAUACUGAAAUGAGUAUAGAUGACGAUAUAUCUCUAUCAGGCUACAAAUUCAACAUUGAAGAGUUGUCCGGCUGCUCAAUCACUGAAUCAAAGAGAUGCAUUGGGAAGUUGACCCUGCAUUGUGAACUCCGUGUCCUUCGCCAUUUUCCACUUCUGAUCACCAACUCUCCUUUGGCCAUGGCUGCCAGUGCCUUCCUCUCUUCCUCUUCUUCCUCCCAUCCCAGCUGGACCUACGACGUCUUCUUGAGUUUCAGAGGCGAAGACACGAGAAAGAACUUCACCGACCACCUCUACUUCGCUCUCAGAGAUGCCGGAAUCAACACCUUCAGAGAUGACAACGAGCUCCGAAAAGGAGAAGAUCUCGCAUCCGAACUCUUGUCGGCAAUCCAAGGGUCCAAAAUCUCUGUCAUUGUCUUCUCUAGGAACUACGCGGAGUCCAGGUGGUGCCUGGAGGAACUUGUGAAGAUCAUGGAGUGCCGAAGAACGGUGAGGCAACUGGUGCUGCCAAUCUUCUACGAUGUUGAACCAUCGGAUGUGCGCCACCAAAUGGGUAGUUUUGCGCAAGCAUUUUUGAAACAUGAAGAGCGUUACUUGUUGGACAUAGACAAGGUAAUCAAGUGGAGGAGAGCUCUGAUUGAGGCUGCUAAUUUGUCCGGGUGGGAUCUAAGAAACACUGCAAACGGGCAUGAAGCCAAGUUUAUUAGGAAAAUUGUUGAAGCAGUUUCAAGGGAACUCAACAGCACAUACUUAUAUGUCACACUCUACCCGGUUGGAGUAGAUUCUCGUUUGCAAGACAUCACCUCAUUGUUAGGGGUUGGAGCCGAUGAUGUCCGCAUAGUAGGAAUUUGGGGAAUGGGCGGAAUUGGAAAAACAACCAUUUCUAAAGCCAUAUAUAACCAAUUUUUUCAUAGUUUUGAAGGUAAGAGUUUCCUUGCAAAUAUUAGGGAAACUUCUAAGCAACCCGAUGGUCUGGUUCGAUUACAGAAGCAACUUCUUUCUGAUAUCUUAAAGAUGGACAAGACGAAGGUGAAUAAUGUUGAUACAGGAAUUGCUACAAUAAAAGAAAGACUUCAUCAUAAAAAGGUACUUGUUAUACUUGAUGAUGUAGACCAGUUAGAGCAACUCAAUGCCAUAGCUCGAAGUCGUGAUUGGUUCGGCCCAGGAAGUAGAAUUAUUAUAACAACUAGAGAUGAGCAAUUGCUAAAGACGCUUGAAGUAGAUGGAGUAUAUACAACCAAAGAAAUGAGUGAAAUUGAAUCUCUAGAGCUCUUUAGUUGGCAUGCCUUUAGGAAUAGUUAUCCUACUGAAGAUUAUAUGGACUUGUCAAGAAGCAUCGUUGCUUAUUCUAGAGGAUUACCACUAGCUCUUGAAGUUUUGGGUUCUUUUCUAUUUUCUAGGAGCAUGCAAGAAUGGGAAUGCACAUUGGAGAAAUUGAAAAGGAUUCCUCAUGAUCAGAUUCAAAAAAAGCUUAGAAUAAGCUUUGAUGCACUAAGCGAUAGUACUCAGAAGGAUAUAUUCCUUGAUAUAUCCUGUUUCUUUAUCGGAAUGGACAAAAAUUAUGUUAUACAAAUAUUGGAUGGAUGUGGUUUUUUUGCAGAGAUUGGAGUUAGUGUCCUCAUUCAACGGUGUCUUCUUUCGGUUGGUGAGAGAAAUAAGCUCAUAAUGCAUGAUUUGCUUCGAGAUAUGGGAAGAGAAAUUGUUCGUGAAGAAUUCCCCAAAGUACUAGGAAAGUGUAGUAGAUUAUGGCUGAAUGAGGAUGCACUUGAUAUAUUGGCAAAGCAUGAGCAGGGAACAAAAGCAGUUGAAGGACUUACUUUAAAAUUGCCAAGAUUAAAUAAGGUGAAUUUCAGUACAAGAGCAUUUAUAAAGAUGCAGAGAUUGAGAUUACUCCAACUUGAUCAUGUACACCUCACCGGAGAUUAUGAACAUCUUUCCAAAGAGUUAAGGUGGCUCCGUUGGCACGGAUUCCCGCUAAAGCUCUUGCCAAACAACUUUUAUUCAAAAAACCUAGUUGCGAUUGACUUGCGAUAUAGCAAUCUCAAACAAGUUUGGAAAAAUUCCGAGCAAUUGUUCGAGAAGUUGAAAUUUCUAAAUUUCAGUCAUUCCCAUUACCUGACUCGGACUCCUAACUUUGCAAGACUCCCUUAUCUUGAGAAAUUAAUACUCAAAGAUUGUACAAGUUUGUAUGAGGUUCACCAAUCCAUUGGAGAUCUUACUAAUCUGGUUUUGGUAAAUUUGAAAGAUUGCAGAAGUCUUGAAAGUCUGCCAAAGAGUUUCUAUAGAUUGAAGUCUCUUCAAACUCUCAUUCUUUCUGGUUGUUCUAAAAUUGACAAUUUGGCUGACGAGUUGGGACAGAUGGAAUCCUUGACAACUUUUCUUGCAGAUAACACUGCUAUAAGACAAGUGCCAUGUACCAUAGUACAACUGAAGAACCUCAAAUACUUGUCACUUUGUGGGUGUAAAGGAUCACCAUCUAAGUCACUCCCUUCACUCUUUUGGUCUUGGAUAUCUCCAAGGAAAAGUCCCAAGUCAGUCAAUCUAUUGCCUGCUUCACUACAAGGCUUGAACUCACUAAAAGAUUUAUAUCUCAGAGAUUGCAAUUUAUCAGAUGAUGCAAUUCCUAAAGAUCUUGGGAGUUUAUGUUCCCUUCGAUCUUUAGAUCUACAAAACAAUCACUUUCAUAGCCUACCAUCAAGCCUUGGUGGUCUUUCCAAGCUUCAAACUCUCACUUUGGACUCUUGCACAAAGCUUCAAUCAAUUCCAGAUUUACCACCAAGUUUGAAUAGUCUGUAUGCAAGAAACUGCAUUGCAUUGGAAAGAAUGCCAAAUCUAUCAAAUAUCUCAAAUAUGGAAGCUUUAUCCCUCACUAAUUGCAAUAAAUUAGUCGAGAUUCCAGGCUUGGAUAAGUUGUUGAGGUCCAUUAGAGUCAUUCACAUGGAAGGGUGCAGCAAUAUAACAAAUACUUUUAAACAAAGCAUCCUACAGGAAUGGACUCUAAGUGGAUUUGGUGGUAUUUUUGGCAUUUUUCUCCCUGGCAAUGAUAUUCCUGAUUGGUUUACAUACAAGGAUGAGGGAGCCUCCGUAUGUUUUGAAGUGCCUCACAUUAUUGAUUGUAAAAUGGAAGGGUUCACUGUAUGCAUUGUUUAUUCAUCAUGUCUUGACAAGAUACUAGCACAAGAUCUUGCUAGCAUUUCAGUAAUCAACUAUACAAAGAGUAUGAUUCAGACAAGAAGGCCUGUAACAGUGGAUGUAGUGAUCUCCCAUGAAGAUCACAUGUGGCAAGGCAAUGUUUCUAAAAGUAUCUUCAACUUGGAGGCCGGUGACGAAGUAGAGGUUAUCGUAGAUUUUGGGUCGGGAAUCGAUGUUAAGAAGAUUGGGGUUCGUCUAGUAUACGACAAGGUUGUUGAUGGAAAAAUGAUUCAUUAUGAUGCUACAUCGCAUAAGGAUGCCAUCGUUGUAAGUGACGAUGAAGAUGCGUCGACUAUAGAUCAGGUUGCGAUCGAGUAUAAAAGAGGUCGUUGUGAUGAUAAAGCAGAAUCGAGCAGUCAUUGCUUCAACGAUGAACGAGAGGCUAAAAGAUUGAGGUAUGAACAUAAUACUGAUGAUAAACCAGAGUAUGAUACAAGAUUGAGGUGUGAAGAUGAUACUGAAAUGAUUGUAGAUGACGAUUGAAGAAAGAAAUCUCAUAUCACAAUAACAAGGAAACACAAUAGAUGCAGGGGAGUCCAAUCCACUACCAAUGCGUAUAAUAAAACUGGAAAGCUGGGAAGAGAGUAUAGGACCCACCAUAUUAUGGAUAGAAACCCACUGGACUACUGAAUUGAUUGUUCUAUGUAUUGUUUUUGCAUCCUCAGAUUUAAAGCAUAAUAGAGCUCUAUUAUGGAUGUUGGCAACAAUCAAAACCUCUUUUCACUCA